CUAAUUUGGACUCUCUCACCAGGCCAACACCGUAUUUUCAGGAUACGCCUGUAGCAAUGAUGUAUCAACCAACUGGUGUUAUACCUGGUAGUGCGUUAAAAACAAUCACGGAAGAGCAUAAAUACUUGGGUCAAUUUGUGGAAUUGCUGAAGCGACGGCAAGUUUUUUGUUCACACCCGACGGCCGGACGAGGGACUUACCUUUCGGAUUUAGGAUAG